UGUAAAUUGUAUUCAAUUUUGUUAUUGUUUUGUUGUAAACGACGAGAAGAGCAUUGGGUGUGAAAUGUCUGUCAGUUUAUACGUGUAUUGAGUGAAUGGUGUUAUGGCUUACGUUUCCAGUCAUUGAUGAUAAUCAUAAGAAACUGUCCGUCGAUUGAUGUCCGCGAAGACGGUGGCGAUGGAUAACGAAACGGAUCCCAUCAAUGAAUACAAGUCUUCGCUCAACGAUUUGUCAUUCAAUUCCAAGCCAUUGAUAAAUAUGCUGACGAUGUUAUCCGAAGACUACAAGGACUCCAAAGCGCCACAAAUUGUCACUUGUAUUGAGCAGAGACUGCAUUCUGUGGCCGCCGACAAGAAGUUACCGCUUCUCUACCUAUUGGACUCCAUCUGCAAAAAUGUGGGCAAUGUUUACACCAAACUAUUUACUCAAAACAUUGUCUCCACGUUUUGCGAGGUCUUCGAGAAAGUGGAUGAGAAGACGCGGCUAUCGUUGUAUAAAUUGAGGCAAACCUGGAGUUCGAUAUUCCCGGCGAAGAAGCUCUACGCCAUCGAUCACCGCAUUCACCACAAGUUAGACCCCGCGUGGCCUGUCAUCCCUCUAAAGCCCGACCCGACGCCCUCCACCGCCGGUCCCAAAGCAUCCAACAAUAGUAGACCUGCGAUGCAGUCAGUGGUGAAAUCGGCCAACUCCUCGACGGUUCACACGGCUCGCCAACAACAGGUGCACAUCAAUCCCAAGUUCUUCAACGACCCUCACCUCCAAUCGCCGCUGCCGUCGGGUCCGGAGGCAGAAAUAGCCAAACAGUUGAUCCAAAAGCAGAACGAGUUGUUGAGUCUGCAGAAGCAGAAGAUGGAGUUGGAUGUGCAGAAGCAGAAGCGAGAACUCGAAGAACAGAAACGUGCUCUAGAGGAAAAGGAGAGGAAAUUGAAGGAAAAAGAAGCGAUGCUUCGACCGAAUAGUCCGAACGGAAAGAAGAUUAAAAAGCGAAAAAGAAGUCGAAGCCAUCGAAGCCGUAGCCCGAGUCCUAUCAGUCAGAAGAUCCGAAGUCCUAACCAUCGAUGGAGUCAAAGCCCCAACGAAAGAAUGCGAGAGAGUCCUCAGCAUCAGCUCAAUCGACAGCAGAGCCCUUCCUAUGCAUUAAGACAUAACAAUACACACAGACCUCGAAGCCGAUCACCAAACGCUGGCAAACCGUUUAUUUCUCAACAAAGCGGUGCUUUACCUCCGAUGCAGUCCUCUAUCAAUUCCAUGUCUUCAAACAUAAUGUCCGCGUCUGGUCUCCCGAGUCAACCACCAAUUCCCACAACAAUACCGGCGCCCACUAUAUUAGCGCAGCCGGAGAUGCUUAACAUAUCACACAUGGAUUCAAAUGUGGUGACGACCAUGAGUUCAAUGCGACCAAACAUUACCAGUCAUAUAAAUGUACACAAUGUGCUCUCCGGUGGUCAUCAUAUGUCCAAUAGUGUUGUUGAGCCGGGCUUUCCGUCUUGGGGUCAGGACAGGGACUAUAGGAAAGAAUUGGAUCUAAUGAUGAACGACGCCAAAGAGAAGCUCCGUUCGGGUGCCAUAAGUAACUCAGACCACGAG